AUGGAGGACGACGUGGACCAGCAACAAACCACCAACACUGUAGAGGAGCCCCUGGAUCUUAUCAGGCUCAGCCUGGAUGAGUGAAUUUAUGUGAAAAUGAGGAAUGAGCUUCGAGGCAGAUUACAUGCUUAUGAUCAGCAUUUAAAUAUGAUAUUGGGAGAUGUGGAAGAGACUGUGACUACCAUAGAAAUUGAUGAGGAAACCUAUGAGGAGAUAUAUAAAUCAACAAAACGGAAUAUUCUGAUGCUCUUUGUCCGGGGAGAUGGUGUUGUUCUAGUUGCCCCUCCAUUAAGAGUUGGCUGAAACAAAGAAUUUAUCGUGUUAUGGAAUAUAGGAGACUUUGUAUGAUUGCCUCUUUAAAUGUAGAAGACAUUCAAAAGAGAAACCUGCGUUAAUUUCGACAUUAAGAAAUGACCAAGGAUUCUUGCACUCCUGAAAUGAGUUGAUUUGCAGAUAACUCAAAAAUUCUUAAGCUAAAGAGUAUUUUUAUUUUUUCCAACCCUUUCAAUAAAUGUGAUCACCAAGAAAAAAAUAUAUAUAUAUAAA